GACGGCCUUUCGCAGUCAUCAGGAGUGCAAAAGUUUCCUAAAGUGUUGUGCGUGCAUGAAAACUUCAGAUUUACAGGAUGGCAGCAGGGUGUGUAGGCGUGUCUGAGGACAGCAGCAGCAGACAACAGCAGUCAUGGAGGUGGAGGCCACUGAAGAGCCAGCCUCUGUGGACGUGGACCAGGGCUUGACUCUGGCCUGCAUUGCCUUCCUCUGCCUGCUGCUGGUAGCCAUGAUCAUCCGCUGCGCCAAGGUCAUCAUGGACCCCUACAGUGCAAUCCCCACGUCUACAUGGGAGGAACAGCACCUGGACGACUGACAUGACAGACACUAAACAUACAUAUGCACACUAUGUAUAUGUUUUUCUCUAUGAUAAACCAGCAGUCUCUGCCCAGAAAAGGAGGGUGCUUCAAGGGUUUUGUAAUGUGGCAGUGCCUCUGUUAUGACUCCAUAGUGCAUUUCAUUUCCAAAUUACGGCAACAAGUAAACA